UUAAUGACAGCAUGCUUGCUACAGUCAAGGAUAAAAGUGGCUGCUUUAAAAACUUUACUUUCUUAUUACUCAAGGGAAAACCUGUACAUAAUGAAGUGUCUGAAGACGGCAAGCAGAACAAAGUGGAUUUUACCAGAUUAAUUAAAACUUUUACCAUGGAUUUGGUCACAGAGUAUAAUCUUGAGACAUCUGUGAAGAUUUUUGAUGUCCCUGUUGAAAAUCACAUCCUGCUGUUCACCCCUAAGAACUCAGAGACAUUCAACAAGACUUAUGAAGAUUACAAGUCUGUUGCUGUGGAAUUUAGAGGAAAGAUAAUGUUUAUCUUGGUGGACACAAAUGAAACCAGAAACGGGCGUAUUUUUGAGUAUUUUCGCAUCACUGAGGUAGACGUCCCUGCAGUGCGAAUCUUAAACCUGACAAGUGAUGCAAAGUACAAAAUGCCUGCAGAUGAGGUGACUGUGGAGAAUCUAAGAAGCUUCUGUCACAGCUACCUAGGUGGGAAAGCAAAGCCCCAUGUAUCUAGUGAAGAAAUCCCGCAGGACUGGGACAAGAAUCCUGUUAAGGUGCUUGUUGGAAAGAAUUUCAACAGGGUCGCCUUUAAUAAGACCAAGAAUGUGUUUGUAAUGUUCUAUGCACCUUGGUCCCAUGAUUGUAGGAAACUCUUACCAAUUUGGGAUGAGCUGGGCAAGAAAUAUGAACGUCAUGGAAAUAUAGUAAUUGCCAAAAUAGACUUUACAGCAAAUGACAUCCAGUUAGUUAUGCUAGACCGCUAUACAUUCUUUAGAUUCUUUCCUGUUGGAUCCAAUAACCAGGUUGUGGUAUAUGACGGGGAAUAUACCCUGGAGGCUUUUGCUGAAUUCUUAGAAAAACAAAGCAAGCCAAAAGCAGAAGCAACCAAAAAGCCUCCUCCUGGAGAAAGCAAAUUGGAUCUCACUGAGGAAGAGACUGUCAUAAAACAGAAAGAAGAACUUUGACUCCACAGUGAAGGGAAAGAUUCCAUAGGAGGAUAUCCUGAAGAUGAGGAUGCUUCACACUAUGAGGACUUUGAUCACAUCACGAGAAUAUAAGGAUGCAUCAAAAAAAUUUUA